CGCCCGCCGCGCCCGAGGCUCUGGGGCCGCAGCUGCUCGGCGGCUGGACUCGCCGCGGCCCUGCGCCUCCGCCCGCCCGGCCGCGCCCCCGGGGGCCAUGGUCGCGGGGCCCUGCGCGGGGGCGGCCCCCAGCGCGGCGCUUCAUGGAGCGGCCCCGGCCCGGCCGCCGGGGGCAGCGCGAUCCCGCGGGGCCCUGUGAGCCCCCAGCGCCACGGCACCAUGUUGCUGGUUGAGAAGACGACAGACUCACCGGCGGCCGAGUUCUCGCUGGUGGAGGACGUGGCCCUACACUUUGCCUGCUUGAUGGGCCGCCUGAACGAGCAGCGCCUCUUCCAGCCCGACCUCUGCGACGUGGACCUGGUGCUGGUCCCCCAACGCAGUGUCUUCCCGGCACACAAGGGCGUGCUGGCUGCCUACAGCCAGUUCUUCCACUCGCUCUUCACCCAGAACAAGCAGCUGCAGCGCGUGGAGCUGUCCCUGGAGGCGCUGGCCCCCGGUGGUCUGCAGCAGAUCCUCAACUUCAUCUACACGUCCAAGCUGCUGGUCAACGCGGCCAACGUGCACGAGGUGCUCAGCGCCGCCUCGUUGCUGCAGAUGGCCGACAUCGCCGCAUCCUGCCAGGAGCUGCUGGACGCCCGCUCCCUGGGCCCCCCGGGCCCCAGCGCCGUGGCCCUGGCCCCGCCGGCCACCGGGGGCUGCACCCCGGCCGCACCCCCCUACUACUGCGACAUCAAGCAGGAGGCAGACGCCCCGGGCCUGCCCAAGAUCUAUGCCCGUGAGGGCCCUGACCCCUACUCCGUGCGUGUCGAGGACGGGGCCGGGACUGCGGGGGGCCCGGUGCCGGCCGCCAUUGGGCCGGCUCAGCCCUUCUUCAAGGAGGAGAAGGAGGGUGGUGCCGAGGAGGCCAGUGGGCCCCCGGGCAGCCUCUGCAAGCUGGAGGGCGGGGAGGGGCUGGAGGAAGAGCUUGGGGGUUCCGGCACCUACAGCCGCAGGGAGCAGUCCCAGAUCAUCGUGGAGGUGAACCUCAACAACCAGACUCUGCACGUGUCUACGGGGCCUGAGGGCAAGCCAGGCUCCACCACAGGCCCGGCCACCAUGGUGCUGGGCCGGGAGGACGGGCUGCAGAGACACUCAGAGGACGAGGAGGAGGAAGAGGAGGAGGAGGAGGAGGAAGAGGAGGAGGAAGAGGAGGGUGGCGGCAGUGGAGGGGAGGAAGAGGAAGAGGAGGAAGAGGAGGGUGGCAGUCAGGGAGAGGAGGAAGAAGAGGAGGAGGAAGGGCACAGUGAGCCAGAGGAGGAAGAGGAGGAGGAAGAGGAAGGGCACAGUGAGCAGGAUCAAGAGAGCUCAGAGGAGGAAGAAGAGGAGGAAGAAGGGGGGGAGGCGGGGAGCAGGCAGGGGCCAGCAGGGCGGCGGGGCAGCAGGGCAGAGCCCCCUCCCCACAGCCGCAUGGCCACGCGGUCUCGAGAGAACGCCCAACGCCGAGGCCCCCCUGAGCCCGAGGAGGCCAGGCCUCGGGGUGGGAAGAGGCCCAAGCCUGCUCCAGGGGGAGCCCCUGCAGCGGCCCGAGGGCCACAGGCCACUGACGGGCUGGGGGCCAAGGUGAAGCUGGAAGAGAAGCAGCACCACCCGUGUCAGAAGUGCCCUCGAGUCUUCAACAACCGCUGGUACCUGGAGAAGCACAUGAACGUGACCCACAGCCGCAUGCAGAUCUGUGACCAGUGUGGCAAGCGCUUCCUGCUGGAGAGCGAGCUGCUACUGCACCGGCAGACAGACUGUGAGCGCAACAUCCAGUGUGUGACGUGUGGCAAAGCUUUUAAAAAGCUCUGGUCUCUCCACGAGCACAACAAGAUCGUGCAUGGCUAUGCAGAGAAGAAGUUCUCAUGUGAGAUCUGCGAGAAGAAGUUCUACACCAUGGCCCAUGUGCGCAAGCACAUGGUUGCCCACACCAAGGACAUGCCCUUCACCUGCGAGACCUGUGGGAAGUCCUUCAAACGAAGCAUGUCUCUCAAAGUGCACUCACUGCAGCACUCUGGGGAGAAACCCUUCCGGUGUGAGAACUGCAACGAGCGCUUCCAGUACAAGUACCAGCUGCGCUCCCACAUGAGCAUCCACAUCGGCCACAAGCAGUUCAUGUGCCAGUGGUGCGGCAAGGACUUCAACAUGAAGCAGUACUUCGAUGAGCACAUGAAGACCCACACAGGGGAGAAGCCGUACAUCUGUGAGAUCUGUGGCAAGAGCUUCACCAGCCGCCCCAACAUGAAGCGGCACCGGCGCACACACACUGGCGAGAAGCCGUACCCCUGCGACGUCUGCGGCCAGCGCUUCCGCUUCUCCAACAUGCUCAAGGCGCACAAGGAGAAAUGCUUCCGCGUCAGUCACCCCCUGGCGGGCGACGGCCCCCCUUCCGGCCCCGGCCUGGCCCCGGCCCAGCCUCCCGCGCACACGCUGCCCCUGCUCCCGGGGCUGCCCCAGACCCUGCCUCCCCCGCCCCACCUCCCGCCCCCACCUCCACUCUUCUCUACCACUGCCACUCCCGGUGGGAGGAUGAGCGCCAACAACUGACUGCGGGAGCGCACACGCGGGGUCUGGAGGCCCGGGGCCGCCUCUGGGAGGGACCCCAGCCCGCCCCUCCUGCCUGGGGUUGGACAGCGACACUGGCCACCCCCAUCUCCAGACGUGGCUGGACCUGUGCCGCUUGAGGCCCCUGACCAUGGGGGUGUGCAGGCUGGUGGCCCCCUGUGCGGGGUAGGGGGAGCCUCACUCCCAAGUGCCCCCCCUUUCAGUGACUCCUUGAAGCCUUUGCCUUUU